CUACGCGUUAAUGAAGCAGGCAUGAAGUUGUGCUGUGAUUGGUGCCGUUGCGCACGAUGACAGACCUUCUUUGUGGCUAUUGGUUGAUUUCAAGGCCGCUCGCUUGCUCAUUCCAAUCCCAAAUCUGUAUAUGUCAGCCCAAGACGAGGGAGAUGAAAUUCAAAAUUCAAUAAAUGUUCUUAGUAUUUCGAAAAGGGAGUUUAGUGCUUCUUUUGCUUUUCAACAUAAUACAAUUCAUUUAUAGAGAGUAUUAUAAAUUAAUUGUAAUAUGUUGAAAGCUCAAAUUGUGCCAGCACAAAACCUAAAAUUGCCUAAAAAUAAAGCUUAUUCCGUCCACACAAAUGCUGCCAUGCUCUGAGCGAUUCGAUUGGCCACUACAAGAGCAGCCACCCAGUAUUGUCGUUUGGUGAUGCUACGCCUUGACCGUCCCCCGGCAUUGGACCGUCUUCAUUGGCUGGCUGCACUAAGAUGAAAACGGCAACCGAUACGAAUGGGCGGAGCGGUGUCGUUGUAAGUGUAAAGAGAACGAUGUAUUGCGAAGGACAUGCAUACGCCCGCGCCUCUGCACGUGAAGUAGAGAUAGGGACAAUCAAAAAUUGUAGAAGCAGAUAAGAAUAAGGAAAUCGUGCGCAGAAUCUCUGCGGCUGGCAGCAAACAGUCCGGAAAAAAUGGUUAGCAAUAUUUUACGGUACACAAAACGAAAGAGAAAACACGCUUUUAAAUAAAAGAAAAAUAAUGUCAAUGGCUUGACUAAAGAAGACCAUACCUACAUAAUAAGCCACAGCAACGAGAGUGCUUGGUCCACUUUACUUAUGCAAAGACGUAGACAAACGAAAAUCAAACUUCAUCUUCAACAGCCUGCCGAUGGACAGUGCUUUUCCAGAACGUCAAUCAGAACAUCGGAGCUGCAAUCGGAGCACUUCUAGCUGUUCCGGCAUCGAUUACAGGUUCGGUUUACCGUUACGGUUUGCGGUUGCGGUGCGAUACGUAUAUCACGCUUGCAGUUAAAUCCCACCCUUGAACAAACUUUUAAUAAAAUGGUGAUCAAAGUGAAUACAAUAACGUGAUUGUGUCUAAAUUUUGGUUCGAGAAAGAAAAUAAAAUACUGCUUCAUUAUUAUCUUGAUUACUCUACGAUGGACCUAUCUACAGCAUAUCGCUACAACCAGAACAUGAUGGAAUACUACACAUGUCAUGGAGGCGUUAAUCAACUUGGUGGCGUAUUCGUUAAUGGUCGCCCACUUCCCGAUGUCGUUCGUCAGCGUAUUGUGGAGCUGGCCCACAAUGGGGUCCGCCCAUGUGACAUAUCACGUCAAUUACGGGUUAGUCACGGUUGUGUGUCUAAAAUACUUUCAAGAUAUUAUGAGACUGGUAGUUUUAAAGCUGGUGUUAUUGGCGGGUCCAAGCCAAAAGUGGCCACUCCUCCGGUUGUAGAUGCAAUAGCAAACUAUAAACGCGAAAAUCCCACAAUGUUUGCUUGGGAGAUACGAGAUCGACUUUUGGCAGAAGCUAUAUGCUCCCAAGAUAAUGUUCCCAGCGUUUCUUCGAUAAAUCGAAUUGUAAGGAAUAAAGCCGCCGAGAAAGCCAAACACGUACAUCAUCACCAGCAGCAUCAUGUUUCUCAGAGUCUGGGUGGGGGACAUAUUGCCACGGAAAGUCUUGACAGCAGCACAGGAACAAUCGGGGAACCGCAGCCACCAACUAGUAAUAGCAGUGCUAAUUCUGUUAACACAAACGUAUCGGCGUCGGCGAGUGUACACGCAUCUAUUCCAACGUCUGGCACUGAUUCUGUCCAAGUUUCAGUCGGUCAUAUCAACGCCAAUAGCAAUGAAACCACCCAUAUAAACUUAACGACUGAACAAAGAACGACUGGAUAUAGCAUAAAUGGAAUAUUGGGAAUACAACAUGGACACCAUUCUCACAACAACAAUAACAACAGUAGCGUAAACAAUAACAAUAAUACCGAAUCAAGUUGUAAACGCAAAAGAAUUGAAGCACAUGAUGAGAACCAUGACAUACAUUCCGAUAAUGAUGAUGGAAAACGGCAACGUAUGUCAACGUACAGUGGCGAUCAACUUUAUACCAAUAUUUGGUCAGGAAAAUGGUGUAUAAAAGAUGACCAUAAGCUACUUGCCGAGCUAGGCAAUUUGACAGCAGGCACCGGAAAUUGUCCCGCAACCUACUAUGAAGCAUCUAACGGAUUUUCAACCACCCCGAUAUCAGGAUCUGGUCCCACAGCUUCUGGCAGCGAUACGUCUAUGCUCUACGACAGUAUUACAACGAUUUCGCAAACUCAAAGUUCCAUUUAUACACCAGCAAUCGGACCUUCAAUUGGAGCAGGUUCGCUUACCCCUUUAGUUCCUAUUAGUAUGCAUGAAAUGAAGCUUAGCGCAAAUUCAAUACAGGAACAAACAGUCCCUCCCUUUUAUACAGCUCUAGCAUUUGACGGAAACUACACAUCAAUGACCACUUUGGAACCUUGUUCAUCCUUAGUCGGGCAAGAACACAUUUUAAUGCCCGAAAACUCGGAUUCGACUACCCUUUGCCCGAUUAGUACUAGGACAGUGCCAGACAUUACGGAAACUAAUAGUACUCGUAUUAAAGAGACCCUGACGAAUAGUGAUGGAGGCAGCGAAGAUAAUAAUAAGGAACCUGAAAAGUCUAACUCUAAUUCGCAAUCCAGUGAUCAUAUUGUCUUGCCACAUCUGCAUCAUAUAGGAGAAGAGCAAUUAAGAGGAAAUAGACGAUCACACUUAAACACAAGCACGCAUCCAUCUUCUCUAAUACUUCUGCAGCCGAGCGGAGGAAAUAUCAACCCGUCUGAAAAUCGAUUAGAUGUUGAGCCCAAUCUAAGUAAUAACGUAGGCCUUUAUUCAACACCUACAGUGCUACCAAGUUUUAAUCACUACUCCGCAGGCUGCAGCUCGGUUGUACCCGGUUCAGAUUACGCCUACAAUCCUGCAUAUACACAGUAUGGCGGAGCUUACGGAUCCUAUGGUUACGGCACUGGAAGUGGCUUGAUAAAUUCAUCCUACUACUACGAAAGCGGACAAACACAAUCACCAUUAACACAAGAUCUGCGUUCACCUUUAGUAGCAACACGCGCAAACUCUCUAGCAUCAGCUGCAUCACCCGGAAGCGGCAGUGCGUGCACAAAAUCCGAAUCAUCGGACAUUUUUCUUGCUUAAUUAAGCUUCAUAUAAAUAGUGAGUAUAAGAGCUUACACAAAUACUACAUAAAGUUUUAUUAACAUUUACAUAAAUGAUUAAUUUUAAGAUAUUUAAUUUUUGUUAAAGUAUUUCUCAGUGUUUCUGUUUGCUGUAAAUACUCACACCAGUACGGUUUAUAAUGAAUCAAAUUAUACCAAAUCUUAAAAUAAAGUACACUUUGAUUAAAAGUCCAGAUAAAAUGAGAGGAUUUUAUAAUUUUUCAAGAAAAAUGCAUUUAUAAAAAUUUUAAUUACACCCAUUUGUAUGCUAUAUAACCUGCUUUUCUCUCUCUAUCCAAUAAAAACGGGACUAGAGAAUAUUUAAGCAUAUAAAAAGAACAAACAUUACUACAUGUGAAAAACAAAAUCUUUGCAAAAAGAUUCGCAUUUAUUAAUAAAUUUAGGUUACAAUAUAAGAAGGUAUAUUUAUAAGAGUAAGGAAUAUGAAAUAUUACAAAAAUAGUAAGCCACUCAACUACAUACCAAUGAAACCAAAAUGUCCAUUAAGGCAAAAUCAACCAAAAAUGUUAGAACAAAAGUUUAAAAAACUUUUUUAUAUUUUAAGCUUAAUAUUGUUAAGCUAAAAAAAUAUAAGAAAUUAUAUAUAAAUGUAAAUAAAUAAAUGACUAUUAUAAAUAAUUUUUAAGUCAAUAAAUGCGCAAACUUGAAAGUCUACAUAAUUACUAAUUGGUGCGCAUACAAAAAACGAUGUUAUUAACUAUAAUAUAAAAUGAAAAUGGAGUCAAUUAAUCCAUGAACUGCAAUAAUAUUUUUUACUUUA